AUGGCACGGCCCAGCGAAUCCCGUCGUCUCCGCAUCGCCUACCUCCUCACCCUUGCGACGUCAAUCAGCCUCGUCAUAACCAGUACUAUGAUCAUAGUGAACGUCGGACCGCUACUGCCUCAACCCCAGAGGGACGCGAAUAUCCGUUUAGGGGUCAUCCUGGCGCUCGCGUGCUCGGCCACGCUUUCGUCGGCGCUGCUCGUCACCACCGAGGUCAUGAACUACCGGUACCACGGCGAACAUUUCUUGUGUGUCCCCAACAGCGAAGCUCAUCUGAUCCGCCCCGGGCCCGGCUCGACGGAUGCCACGAGCGGCAGAAACGGCUCGCGGGCGCAGCAGCGACGAGGGAAUACGGCUGCGCCUUCGAGCGCGCGGUCUCACUCGUCUGAAACGAUUCAGGCAGCUCUCUCGAACACAGGCUCAGAGCCGAACGCCAAGUCAGGGGGGACGUCAACUGAAGCAAAAGGUCAGAAUGCCGAAAAGGUGUCGGGCGUAGCAACUCAAACGGACCGGCCAGGCACAUUCUGA